GUGUUUUGGUGGUAUUAUCGGAAAAUGGAUACGAUUGGAAGUGGGCGCUGGGGUUUGUGGAAUUGGAAUCCCUUGCCGCAGUCUCAACGGCGUCGUUUUCGCUCCAAAUCAGGUUCGGCGGGUUCAACUGGCGGAGGCGGUUACCGGUUUCCGGUGAAGCAGGCGGUGACUGCCGCCUCACUCGCCCUUACCGGAGAUACAAUCGCUCAGCUCAGAGACCGUUGGAAAAAAGCAAAGAGUGGUGACGGCGUCUCUCAGGAUGUGUUAUGGAGCCAACUUUCAGACCAUGAUUGGCUACGAGCUCUGCGAAUGAUUUCCUAUGGAUUCCUUUUCUAUGGCCCUGGUUCUUAUGCCUGGUAUCAGUGUCUUGAUCACUUUCUCCCCAAACCAACGGUGCAGAACUUAAUGCUAAAGGUUUUACUAAAUCAGAUUGUGUUAGGUCCAUGCGUUAUUGCUGUUGUUUUUGCAUGGAAUAAUUUAUGGCAAAAGAAGCUCUCUGAGCUUCCAGAAAAAUACAGAAGGGAUGCUUUUCCAACUUUACUUUAUGGAUUUAGAUUCUGGAUUCCAGUCAGCGUGUUAAAUUUCUGGGUGGUGCCUCUUCAAGCUCGAGUGGCUUUCAUGUCAAUGGGCUCAAUAUUUUGGAAUUUCUUCUUGUCAUCAACAAUGAGCAAGUAAAAUGCAUGGUUUACCAGCACUUUGCAUUGUUUGCAAUUUUCACCACGAGAUUAAUCAGAGUAUAAUGGUUUUGGAUGAGGAAAGUUGGGAGGAUGAGUUAUGACUUGGAUGAUACCAUUUGUGUUCCAUGCAGAAGAUUUUGCACCGCUGAAAAACUUAUGAUUUCAAAGAACACUACAUUUUUCCUUCAUUGCUGAGAAUUGUAAAAUUGAAUUCGCUUUCAUAUGAAAAGUAACAGUGUGUAGGUGUUAGCUUUCAAGAAGGAAUAAUAUUUGGGAUAAUUUUUGUACGUUCUUAUGGAUAAUUGUUGAAUCUGAUUAUCAGAAGACCGUAAUAAUGAGCACAGCCAGUUUUAGGCGUUCUGUUGUUUGAACAAAGUUAUGCAAAAAAUAUUUUUAAAUAUUAUUACAUAUAUUAAUUUUCAAUUGUUCAAAUAACAAAAUUGGUAAGUGCCACCCUUGGGAGUGCUUUUGUUUAUUAGAAUGCUCCGUGGAAUCUUUGUGUGUGUCCCAUUUAUAGGAGGGGAGCUACGCCUCAUUUUCAUUUUUAAGAUCUGUAACCGUAUGAGCUUUUGUUUUGCUGGAUAAUAGUUGUUUCAUUUAUUGAACUUUUUGUUGUACAAACGAAAUAAAGACCACGCAAGUCGUUGAUUGGGAUCAUAAAAAUGAUCCCAUGUGGGCAAUACGUGAACAAAAGUGUUAAUUUUUUUGUUUUGGUGAUAUAACAUAAAGAUAAAUCAGAGG